GUGGAGGGCAGUGAGUGGUAGCCCCCCUGAUCGGCACUCCGGGAGCUGAGGUGAGCUCAGGCAGGCAUUUCCCUUCGUCUGCCCCAUCCCUCCUCUCUGUCUUUACAACAGAAAAAAACCCACCAUCGAUUUCCCCCCGCGGAGAGCCACUAUUAUCGGGGGACGGUAAACACUCGGGUGGAUGCGAGCAUUAUCUAUCGGAGCGGUGAUCUGAUCAAGCGCGGACAGCCCGGUGGAAGAGAAGAAGCGACUAGGAAGGAAGGAGGGAUGGUGGACAACUCCAGCAGCGGCAGCAAGGCGCAAAUGCCCAUCUUAUCUCAGGACAGCGUCCUGGCAGGAGUCUUUUCUCAGGCAGCGCUUGGUGGUGCAUCUGGUGUCAAGCUUGAAGCUGUUAUGGAACAGCUCCAAAGGCAGCAGCAAGCAAAACUAGAGAUGGAACGAAAAGAGAGACACAUCAGGGAGGCCCACAUCCUCUACGCCCAGCAGCUGGCAGCACAGCAAGCCAUCAUGGCUUCAGCAAGGGCCCAGGGUACUCCACUAGGCCCUGAAUUCUUCGCAAAGAGCUCCCUCGAAAGAAUGCCGAAGAGCAUCCAAGGCCAGCCUCAGCCCAGCAGGGUUUCUACACAAAGCAGCGUGGACUCAGUACGCGAGGAAGACUAUGAGGAUGAGGCAGACCGAGGAAAAGGCUCAGCAGGGGAAGAUGAUGAAGACGAUGAGAUGAUGGAUGGAGAGGAAGGUAGUGAGGAUGAAGAAAGUGAAGGGUUGGAGUUUCUAAGGAAACAGAGUCUCGCUCUCCAGCAGGCAGGUGUGGGGGUUCCUCCAUAUCCUUACCCUGUCUACGCUGCUUCUCCCUCGGCUGCCAAAAAGCGUGCCCGCUCACCCCCACCAAAGGUGAAAGAUGAACCAGAAGACAGCCCCUCUCCUACUGAGCAGCACUCAUUCAGCACACCGAACGGUCUGGGUGACUGGAGCUUCGAUGAGUCAAUCAAACAGAAUGGGAAUGCAAGUUGGAAUGAAGAAAGUGAUGGAGGGAGAGCAAGGGGGGAGGCCUCCAGAGACUUUGCCAAGCUUUAUGAACUGGACAACGACCCUAACAGGAAGGAGUUUCUAGAUGACCUUUUCCUUUUCAUGCAGAAAAGAGGUACACCUGUGAAUCGGAUCCCCAUCAUGGCCAAGCAAGUCUUGGACCUCUAUAAGCUCUACAAACUUGUUACAGAGAAAGGAGGACUGGUAGAAGUGAUCAAUAAGAAAAUUUGGAGAGAGAUCACCAAAGGCCUGAAUCUGCCCACCUCCAUCACCAGUGCAGCCUUCACCCUCCGCACACAAUAUAUGAAGUACCUCUACCCGUAUGAAUGUGAGAAGAAAGGGCUCAGCUCUCCUGGUGAGCUACAAGCUGCCAUUGACAGUAACCGCAGAGAGGGUCGUCGCCCUGGCUACAGUAAUAGCCUUUACCGCUUUUCUCCCUCCCCCAGUGGCGGCGCCCCACACCUCCUCUCUCCUCCCAAAAUGCACCUGCCAGCGUCUGGACACAACGGCUUGCAGAGCACACCUACUCCAGCCCUUAAGAAAGCAACAGUUCCUGAAGAUGGUCCAGCCUCUAUGUUGCCAGGUCGACUUCCCCUAGCUUUGGCUCUGGGUCACCAGCAGCAGCAGCUGGCCCGGGCUGCAACCCUGGAGCAGCUGCGUGAAAGACUGGAGACUGGCAUGGGGGCAGCAGCAAUGGCUACAAGUGCUGCUGCCAUGGAGGCACCAGAGAGGAAAAUGGCCCGCCUGGCAGAAGAGCAGCAGAGGCUGCUGCAGCAGGCUUUCCAGCAGAACCUUCUUGCCAUGGCAUCGCAAGUGAACCCUGCUAACCUGCGCAUGAACAGCACCAGUGCACGUGAGGAAAAGCAGGAUUUAUCUCUCAGUAUCUCUUCAAAUGGAUCAGCCAGUAUCACCGUGUCCAUUGAGGUCAAUGGGAUAAUUUACUCAGGUUCCUUGUAUGCUCAGAAGUCCCCUGCAGCUAUGCCUAACCCUGCCACAGCUACAUCCAUAUCCCACAGCUCCACGCACAGCCCCAGCCUCGCCUCUUCCUCCUCCACCACCUCCUCUUCCUCAAAAGGCCCUGGUUCUGUGGAGCCUGCUGCUGUCUCUCCUUAGCUCCCAACCACCUGCCUAACUAUGGUCUCCCUCUCCUGGAGAAGCACACCCUAUCUGUGGAGAGACUUUGACCAUUCAGUGGUCUGUCAAAGCCAAGUCUACCUCCUUUUGAGACCCAUGAGGCUCACUUUCACUGAAAGAGGCCUUCACCCUCGAAGAGUUUAGUAACUGCUCUACCCUGUUGCAGAUGGGCUCUGCUCUUUGCCACAUGCCUGCUGCAAACACUCUCAGGACUUGGAAGAUCAUGAUAUUGAUCAGAUCCAAAACAACAAAUACCUCAUUUACCUCAUUAUCUUGAAUGAAAAUGCUGUUAUGGGCACAUCUCUGUGCUCCACAUGUUUAAUACCUGUACUAUUACCUAUGCAUUUACAUCCAUAUAAUCAUGUUUACAAACACCACUGCUUAACAAUCAUGGCAAAAAUAUUCUGCCAAAAUCCUACAGUGGGGUUUGAACAAGUGACUUUUUUUUUCAUCAGUACAUUGUUUUGUGUAAGUUUGGCCAUAUUUAUCUUAUGCACACCAACAGUAGAUGUACCAGGGCUAAGUACUCUGAUUGCUGUUUUGUGGAUAAAUGGUUUUUCUUUUUGUUCAUUUUGCUGGAUUUCAAAUGGACCACAAUCCCAUUAAGUGUUAUUUGCAGAGUUAUUUUGGUUAGCAAUGGGGUCAAACUUUUCUUUUAAUUUUUUAUUAAGUAUAUUUCUUCUUGAUUUGAUUGUGGAUUUGUUUUCCAUUAUGUUUAGUUUCUAGAUUUCCAAAAAUAUAAAGUUGAUUUUGAAAGAGUUUCAGGUAUAGAUUUUGAAAAGAGUUUUGAGUAUUGAAUCUGCAGUUUACACAGCUGAAAGCAUACUUUUUGCUAUUAUUUAGACAUUUUAUAGACAACAGAUUGGUCCAAAAGUAAUGUGUACCACUGUAUCAAGAUAUAUUGUGUAGGCUUAACAGUAGAGGGGGACACCUGGUGUUCCUUAAGUCAAUCAUUUAGAUGGCGUUGGACGAUCAGUUAUAGGCUCCCUAAUCUGGGCCUUUAUUAACUUGUUAUACCUGGACUAUGUGGAGAAAGAGUAAGGAUUUUUUUCAGAUAUACUGAUAUAUCAAAUUAGGUAUAAAAAGGCAUGAUCAUGUUAAAAUCAAAGAAAUAUCAGGGAAUCUGUUCACUUAAGCUGUAAAAAGUUUUCUCAAUAAUUACUGAUCUUUGACAGAAAUGGCGCUUCGAGAUGUUCUUGUUCCUCCCUCACUCAUCAUUGUAUUUGGAAUUUUAUUUUCAUUUCUUCUUUUCUUCAUUUUCUUCCUCUUUUAUCUCUUUUUAUACCUUUAGACCUCAAAUGCCUUUCCAUAUUGGAAAGCAGGUUUCUCAGGAAUUUCAGGUUGAUCUUUGUGGUUUUUACUUCACCACCAUAAUGCCUCAUGUCUCAAAUGAACAAGACUAGAUAUACCUCAGCAGGAGAAAUGAAAUAGCUACCUCAUAAUUACCUUUGUAUAAUAUAAGUCAGAAAUUAUCUCAGAAUUUGCUUCAUACACUAGAUAAAUAGUCAGAUAAAGAUGUUGAGUUUUAUGAAUGAUCUCUGAAAUUACCUCUUGGUAAAUUUUGAAAUGUUCUCAGGAUAGUAGUGGAAGAAAUACCUCAUAUGUAUAAAUAUAUAUAGAUAACUAAUGACUGAGAACAGCUUUUAGACCAUGGAAUGAGGAGGAUUAUUUGAAGUUUAUGACUUUAAAAAGAGCAAAUCUCAUACCGUUUGGAAUAUGUAUUAGUUAUUCUACAAAGAACAUGUCUGUGGGUUUGGGGUAUCUUAUUUCAAUUGUCAGGUCCUCUUAGUACCUGAUAAAUGUAAAUACUGAUGAAUUUGAAUUUUGAAUUUAACUUUGUUGCAUCUAUAUUAUUUACUGAAUUGAGAUGAGAUUGUCCCAAUAUCUUACUGCCAUGUUACAACAGGAACAGUCUUGGGUAACAGAUGUGGUCAGAAGGAUUUUUUUCCUUUAACCUCUGAAAGGAACAUUCACCACUAUCUGUACUUCAGUGUUUUGUGCUUUAAAAUAUUUCCUACAGAUACUAUAUUCCCCAUUUUCUCUUUUUACUGUAUUUAUCAGAUAACUACGCAGCUAAAAAACCAAAGACCAUCUCACUGUAUUUUCUACUGUGCUCUCUGGUGUUCUCAAUUUAUUUACACAUGGAGCUUGACAAAGUGGAAUUAAACUCUGAGUUAAUGCAAAAA